AGCUCCCUUUCCUUUCCAUAUUUAAAACCUCUGUUUUACACCCCCUAUUUCGCUUCUUUUCUUUCCUUUCCCAAUUUCUGCAUCCUUCAAUUAUUAUUACACGUACAUCAUGAACAUAUUUCGCCUUGUGGCAGACUUAAUGCAUUUAGCAUCUAUUUUCAUUCUACUAUUGAAAAUUAGAAAAACACAUUCAUGCUCAGGUCGUCUCCAUCUACAACACAGUCAUGAAAAUCUUCUUUAUCGGUUCAUCGAUCUAUAUCCUAUACUUGAUGUGGUUUAGAUAUAAAGCUACGUACGAUGCUAGUUUAGAUACUUUCAGAGUCGAAUACCUUAUUGGUGUUUCUCUUAUUCUUGGAUUAGCUUCGACCGCUGACUAUACCGUAAUUGAGGUUUUAUGGAGUUUUUCGAUCUGGUUAGAAUCAGUUGCUAUCUUACCACAACUAUUCAUGCUUCAAAAAGCGGGCGAAGCAGAAACGAUCACCACUCAUUAUUUGUUCGCUUUGGGUGCUUACCGAGCAUUAUAUUUGUUGAAUUGGAUAUACCGAUAUAUUACUGAAGGAUAUGUUGAUUGGGUCGCUUGGGUUGCAGGUUUAAUUCAAACAGCAUUAUACAGUGACUUCUUCUACAUCUAUUACAAUAAAGUUCUGAAGGGCGAGAAGUUUGAAUUACCAAGAAUGGUCUAAGAAACUUUUGAAUACUGUAUAAUUUCCGUUCAAAAAGUACAUCAAAAGACAAAGACACAUAUUGAUAAUACACCUUCGUCUUUGAAAAAACUAAUUAUAAUAACCAUAUCACGUAAAUGUAAGCUGACAAGGCCAAUAAAAAGAUACAGAUGUUUUUUUGAAAAAAAAAAGGGUAUGAAGUCAUUGCUCGUAUAAGCA